GACAUACAGGACCACAAGCAGGUCUCCUUGAAACGAACCUGCAGUACGAGUGCGCCUGCUUCUAGCAACUGCUUACUUGGAAGUUUUGAAGAAAGCCUUAUAAACGGUAGAUUGGAGCCGGCGGGUGUGAUUGACGGAUUCACAGUCGAGAUAGGGGCCAGUGGCUCAUUUUGCCCACCUCACAUUUUUCUUCCAUGUCUCGCUUUCUUCUUCAGCCUCUCAGAUGACAAUGCCCCCUCUCCUUAUUUGGGUCAUAUUGAUUUGGAAAGUCAUUCAAAGAAGGGAUAUAAGGUACCAAAUAAAGGAACCAUCCAAGUUACAUUAUUCAACCCGAGCAAGUCCGUGGUGAAGAUCUUUGUGAUAAAGUACGACGUGAGUGACAUGCCAGGCCACCACCAGACCAUCCUCAGACACCGCAUCGUCUACAUGCCCAGUACUAACAGCAGCAGUGAUGUCCCUGGCGCGCCUACCUACCUGCGAUAUCUCGUUCACUUGAGAUUGGCCAGCCUGAAGCAGAACCACACGUACCUACACACAGACAUCCGUAUGAUUUUUGCCAGGGAUAAAUUUGAAUGGGACAACAGGAUGGCUAACUAUGAACUUCGAUCCUUCACUGAAACUCCGGAAAAUCCCAAAUACUCCCCACGAAGAUGA